AUGAGAUUCAUCCUUUCCAUCAUUUUCAUUUUGUUGGUAUGCCUAGUUAAUCUAGUGUCUAGUGUAUGUAAAGCAGAAGAUUACUGUCCCGGCGGAUGGUUGGUGUUAAGAAAAGCAGAUGAUACCCCGCAGACUUGCGAUGCGAUGGGUGGUAUCAAAUGCCAGAAACCGUAUUCGUGUGUGCAUUCGAGAUGUGGCAUGGAUUUCUGCUGUGCGCAUACUUACAAAAUAGAGCAGUGGAAACGUCAACAAGAAAUUGAAGCCGACAUUAAAGAAGCUGAAUUAGAGGAUGAUGAUGAGCUCUAG